GGGCUCAGCGUCCUGGUGGGGCUCAUGGACCUCUGGAAGAUCACCAAGGUCAUGGACGUCAGGCUGGACCGGGAGCGGCGCCUGGCCGGAAUCUUCCCUCGGCCGCGCUUCGCCGACAAAUCCACCUACGUGGAAUCCUCCACCAAGGUCUACGACGACGUGAGUGCCGGAAUCCCGGGAAUGGGACACGGAAUUCCGGGAAUGUGGACGUGGAUCCGUGAAAAACACACCCAGAAUUCCCGGGAAUGGCCCCAGACCCAAAAUUCCCAAUAAUGGGCCCAAACAGACCCAAAAUUCCCAAUAAUGGCCCCAAACAGACCCAGAAUUCCCAAUAAUGGCCCCAGACCCAAAAUUCCCAAUAAUGGCCCCAAACAGACCCAAAAUUCCCAAUAAUGGUCCGAAAUGGACCCAAAAUUCCCAAUAAUGGCCCCAAACGGACCCAAAAUUCCCGGGAAUGGCCCCAAAUGGACCCAAAAUUCCCAAUAAUGGUCCCAAACACACCCAAAAUUCCCAAUAAUGGUCCCAAACAGACCCAAAAUUCCCAAUAAUGGUCCCAAAC